UUUAAUUACAUUUUAGUGGUUUUCUUUUAACGAAAGUGUUUGGGUUUUCAAAUAAUUUACGCGAUUUUCUUUUUUAACAAUUAAAUACUUUAAAUUAUCCAAAUCAAUUUAGUUACUAAUUAAAUUCCUUACAAUAUGGGCAAAAAUAAAGGAGGAGGCGGUGGUGGUGGAGGAGGUUCCGGUGGCGGAGGAGGUGGUGGUGGUAAUAAAAAAGGCGGAGGAGGCGGUGGUGGUGAUAAAGGUGGUAAUAAAAGUAAAGGUGGCGCUGCUGACAAGGGUGGCGGUGGAAAAAAAGGACAAGACCAAAAAGCAGCUGGUGGCGGAGGAGGUGGAAAGAAAGGUGGCAAAAAAUAGUUUCCAGAAAUUAAAGAUUAAAACGAUAUUAAAUUUAUUUAUGUUUAUUAAUGUCGGUUUUAUUACUCUUAAAAUUUAAAGCCUUAUAAUAUUUAAAAACAAUUUAUAAAAGUAGAGAGAAAG